GGUCAAUAAUAGUAUACAGUACUCUAAACCCGUGACAGCGAAAAGGAAAGAGAUCGAUGACACUCUCUCCCGCCGGUAGCGCUGGGCUAAUCAUUUACCGAACACUACAUCUGUAGCGAUGGCCACAGCACUCUCUCGCUUACACACAGCUGGUCCGUGCGUCACCCCCCCACCCGAUCACUCCAGAUCCGCUCCCAGAUUCACACAUUUAAGCUACGGGAUCGUCACCGUUCUCUCUCUCCUCCCCUCACCACCCCUUCCUUAUCUGGCCAGUCGCUGUCCAUGAACAUCUGGGUCGCUGCAGGCGACGGUGACCUCACCGCUGUCUCCGUGCCCAUAUCCCCGAACGCACCCGACCCCUUCACCUACACUCCCAUGCAUGCCGCUGCCUCAUACGGACACCUCCACGUCCUCGACUUUCUCCUCUCUCACGGUGGCGAUGUCAACGUCACUGACGACGACGGCGACACGCCCCUCUACACCGUCGAGAACGUAGAGACUGCCCGAUGGCUCGUCCAACACGGCGCCAUCGUCGAUCGCACAAAUACCGAGGGCCUCUCCCCGAUAGAUCAUCUCCACGAUGACUUUCCACAAGUAGCCGCCUACCUCCGUUCUCUAUCACCGCACCCUCCCUCCCCCCCACAUCCCACCCACCACCAGCUGCCCUCCCAGCACCACCAAAACAUCGCCUCAGAAGUCCUCACCACCUCCCUCAUGCAGUCUGUCCAGCAUAUCAUCCAGCGCGCAGACGCUGAAGCACGCAAUCCAGAUGACGACCUGCGACAAGCCGUCAGCCGCACCGUCUUCGAGGGCGUCUUGGCUGGCUACGAAAUGACCACUCCACAGCAAGACGCGCGCGAUGACCCUGAUCAAACAGAUGGCCCCAAUGCCGUGAAUGGCGUCAAGAGGCCAAAAACAGAUGGUUGAUCUUAGUCGAUGGCCAUCACCACCCAGUCCCAGGGCGUGUGCUUUCCUGCAUUGUUUUGAUCGCCCACUCGUCCAGAUACUAAAAAGAGAGGCAAAAGUCUUACACAGGCGUCCGCUAAAGUCGGCUCGCAAUCUUAGCGUCAACCUUCCUUAGCGUCCUCGCUUACUCCAUCUUUUAAAAUUCGAUGACAUUUUUCUCGUGAUCACGAUCAACAUUUUUUUUAUUUUUAUAACU